CUCGUCUGCUGGGAUACCACGCCGUACGCAAAAUCGGUAGGCACAACGCCAAGGGCAUUGACUUCCGCUUCCGGAAUUUCCGUCAUGCGCAACACGUGUUGUAUGUGCACCUUUCGAAGUGGGCUGAGUGACUGCAUCUCAUUAGUUGAGACAAUCAAUAAAUGUACUCUGAUCCCACACAACCUUCCUUCAGUGACAGAAGGUGAAGCCCAAGACUUGACUUACACCAUGGCACUGGAAGAUGACUGGCUGUUUGACUCUAUAAAAAAGUACAAGACCCUACACAUGUACGACCUGCACAAACCAGUCCAGGCUUCUGAUUGGCUGUCAUCUGAUCGUUUGGUUGUUGCGACAUCAGAUGAAAAGAAACAUGAACUCCUGGAGUUGUCCCUCCCUGCCCAGAUCUGUGUGCAGGAAGACAGUGCUAAUGGUUUGACAAAAGACCGCGAUUUCCAGUUGGUGAAUGGCGGCUUCACAGACAGCUCUAUCAUAUCCCUACAUCACCUGGGACAGUCAGUGGACACUGGACAGGACUAUAGGAAAGUGUUGGCCUGUGUCAGGGGAGACAACUCUGUAGAAACCUGGCAGCUUGGAUCAGAAGAUGGAAAUCUCAUUGAGAAAAUAGGUGAUUUGUGCAGCAAGAACUCGACAUGCCAUUCAGCAAAGUUGUGUGUUUUGGAUGCCCACCGAUUGAUGUUUGGCUCCCAUCUGUCCAGCAUCUCUGUAGGUGACAUCAACACACAGCAAACAGUGGCCGACACACGAGAUUGUCAGCAAGACAUUAUGAUUUCAAACAUGCUUCUAUACGACACCUGUGUGUUGACUUCGGGUCUUGUGUCUGGGGAACUGUUCCUUCUAGACCCUCGAUCACGUAACAUAACAGUGGAGCAGGUGACCAACACUUGUUCCAGCAGGGAGACGUGGACGCUGUGUGGAGACAAGUCACAGACUGUGGUGUUGCAGAUGUGUAGUAGUGGUGACAUUCAUGUUCGGGACUGCAGGAACUUGAAGCAUUGUGUGAACAGUGUACAGACAAAACUCCAGCAAGCUGAACCAGGGGAGAUAACUCUCAGUAUAUGCCCAACUAAUCCAGACUUGGUGGCAGUCACAGGUGUUGAUGGCUGUGUACAGAUCUAUGAUCGAAGCAAGUGGGGAGAUACGGAGGUUGUCACACCAGUCUUUGUUCACCAGGGCCACAUCGCUGACAGAGAAGACCAAUCACAGGUCAUCUUGACAUCCCAGCAUCUCUGGUACCCAUGGAAACAGGGAACAUUGUUAUCUGCUGCAAGUGAUGGCAGUCUUCAUAUAUUUCAUCCAAUUUUAUAAAAUGUUAUUUUUUAUGUUUGAUAAAAAUAUGAACUUUAA